CACUGUGACAGCGCUGACAAGAUGGCGGAAGGGACAGAAGCAAAGUGAGAUUGGAUAACAGUCUAACUGCUACAAUUAGAAGACCUUUGCGAGUUUUGAACUGAGUACAGGUAGUGCACUGGACUGGCGUGGGGGAGGCGAGGAGCAAAUGAGCCCCUUACUGCGAGGGAGAGCAAUCGGCAGAAGAAAGACAUUAGUUGCAACUAAGCUAGCUUGCUAACCGCCCUGAAGAAACUGCAUCCACUUGGUCUAGCUGAAAAGAUAUUUAGCUAGCUAGCAAUAUUUAGCUAACAUUCGCUUUUAGCCUACCAGACCAAUUAAAAGAAGAAGCUGAUGGUAGUCAAGUGGAGUGCAGAGGAAGCUAACACUAUUUUGAUUGCCAGCGUUAGCUGAUUUACUGUAUGUAUUGAUUUUCAGUAAGUUAUGUUUGAGAACUGCAGCGCUUGGAAGCCAAAUUAUAAUCUUAGUUAACUAGCUAAUCUAGAAAGGAAAAGACACUCGAAACACGGUGUUGUGGCGAAACGCUUGAGACUGUACUGAACUCAGACUGGUGGUGGUUGUGAUUUUACUUGUUUGCGCUAGCAUGCUUGCUAGCUAGGUAGUUAGCGAACGAUAGCUAGCUAAAAUUUAUUGUUUCUGUUUGGAUACAUGGUUUUCCUGUUUUGGAUUUGGAAUUGUUCAAAAGAACAAGAAGACUUGGCAUACAAAUCACAUCAUAGUUUUCAAGAUCUUGCUACAACUGGGAGUUUGUCUUUAGCUACUGACUGUUUAUUUUUUCCUGGUGCAAGUUGCGUGACGCCAUGGCUCACUCCCCUGUUCAGGGUGGCCUGCCAGGGAUGCAGAAUUUAAAGGCAGACCCAGAGGAACUGUUCACCAAGCUGGAAAAGAUCGGAAAGGGCUCCUUUGGAGAAGUGUACAAAGGCAUUGACAAUCGGACUCAGAAAGUCGUGGCUAUUAAAAUAAUCGACCUGGAGGAAGCAGAGGACGAAAUAGAAGACAUUCAGCAAGAGAUCACGGUUCUGAGCCAGUGUGACAGUCCCUUUGUAACCAAGUACUACGGAUCCUAUCUGAAGGACACAAAGCUAUGGAUUAUUAUGGAAUAUUUAGGAGGGGGAUCAGCGCUGGAUUUGCUGGAGCCCGGGGCUUUGGACGAGACGCAGAUCGCCACCAUUCUCCGCGAAAUACUCAAGGGCCUGGAAUACCUGCACUCAGAAAAGAAAAUUCAUAGAGAUAUUAAAGCCGCCAACGUCCUGCUGUCGGAGCAAGGAGACGUGAAGCUGGCCGACUUCGGCGUGGCGGGGCAGCUAACGGACACGCAGAUCAAGAGGAACACCUUCGUAGGCACGCCCUUCUGGAUGGCCCCGGAAGUAAUCAAGCAGUCUGCCUACGACUCAAAGGCUGAUAUCUGGUCGUUAGGAAUCACGGCGAUCGAGCUGGCGAAAGGGGAGCCGCCCCACUCUGAGCUGCACCCCAUGAAGGUGCUCUUCCUCAUCCCCAAAAACAACCCGCCCACCCUGGAAGGCAGCUACAGCAAACCCCUCAAAGAGUUUGUGGAGGCCUGCUUGAACAAAGAGCCCAGCUUCAGGCCCACGGCCAAAGAGCUGCUGAAGCACAAGCUAAUCGUCCGGCACGCCAAGAAGACGUCCUACCUGACCGAGCUCAUCGACCGGUACAAGAGGUGGAAGGCGGAGCAGACUCGGGACGAGUCCAGUUCGGACGAGAGCGACUCAGAGCAAGAUGGACAGGCCUCUGGGGGCAACGACUCCGGGAACGACGACUGGAUCUUCAACACCAUCAGAGAGAAGGACCCCAAGAAGUUUCUCAACGGAGCAGCGCAGCCUGACGAACUGGCGAGGAACGAGGCACAAGACAUUCCAAAGAGGCCCCUGUCGCAGAGCCUGUCGACCGUUAUCUCUCCUUUGUUCGCUGAGCUGAAGGAGCAGAGCGAAGCGGGCAGCAGCAAGCGGGAGGCCCUGGAGGAGCUGCGGGAGGCCAUCUUCCUGGCGGAGGAGGCCUAUCCCGGGAUAUCGGACUCCAUGGUCAACGGACUCGUGCAGAGACUCCAGAGGUUCUCCGUGGCGCGGGCGUCGUCCUCGCAGUGAGAGGCGGGGUUCCCCCACCGUCACAGCCGUCAGGUCGCCUCCUCCUCCACCCUCCUCCUGCGAGGCCCCUCCACCAUCGGCCGCUUAAAGCAAACUCUUCCACUUCCUCCCUCUCCCUCCCUCUCUCUCUCUCUCUCUCUCUCUCUCUCCCUCUCUCCCUCUCUCUCUCUAUCU